GGCGCAUCCUCCUAGGGGCCGGGUAUCGCGCCCUCGUGGUGCAGGGGGCGGCGGAGAUGUCCCUUGUGGCUGCAGAUACGUCCUCGCUUCCGUGUCCUUAUUUGCAACAGGAGGAAGAGACCUCGGAGGCCGAGGAGGACACGCGGGCCUCCAAAUACACGGUCCGUCCUCCUCCAGAUCUUAGAAGUCGUUACGUGGCCAUCAUGGAGGAGCGGGAAAGGAGGAGGCGCCGGGCGGAGGAGGAGGCGGCCAAGGAGGAGGUUCAAGUGGAGGAGGCUGAGGGAGGAGCGUCCCCCACAGACGCCGCCUCUCACCUCCACUUCUGGGUACUGGUCCUUCCUCCGAAUCGCGACGUGACCACGCCCACUGUAGUCGAGCCAACCAAUGGGCAAGUGAUACCAUUAAGCCCUGCCCAAAAUCCUCCUUAUUGCCAGGUACACGCUGUCUUUGACCAUACUAACUACUGGGCGGCAGUACGAUACGAUUCUCCUGUGUCUUCUGAUAUGUUCGACCUAUCAGACCGGUCGCUGUGGUUCCCGCUGAUCGAGGACCGCCAGACGUCCCGAGCGAAGCACCCCCCCCCGCCUUACCGCCCCUCGUCCCAUCACGAGUCUCCCAGGCAACCCGGGGACCACAGCCUCUCCAGCCCCCACGCUCAGGGGGGGGGGCCUCCUUCCCAAAUUCGAUCUGCCGACGAAGUGAGAAUCCCGAAGAGUUGGGCGAAACCCAUCUGCAUCUCUGAGGAAGCUUUGCGACAGAGGUUUCCCGGCGGCUGGAGGGAGGAGCGAUACCAGGGGGCCGUGGUAAGAAGGUACUCUCCUUUUUCCCAUCCAAGAGGAGCUACGCUGGUAUUGACCCUCUGUUCCGAAGAUGACGAAAAUCCACGAGAAGUAAGAGAGCAAUUUGAACAGCGAAAGGACGGUCUAGAAAGCCGUGUUACAGACCUCGUGAAGGGAGAUGUGACCGAGACGUUUGCCAAGACCCGUCAGGACACUCUUAAACGCCACCAGUAUUGGGUACCUCCAUCGGUCCUGGCGUCGCGAACCUCCUUGGACGGCCUGACGAAACCUUCGAAGGACGUCUCUGAGGAGGAUCGGCAGGAUGGCCACGGGGAAGAGGUGUUCAUGUUCCAUUCGAAGUUCCGAGUGGACGCCUUGAGGAGUCGCAUAAUAGGAGGCGGAGUCUGGAGGGAGGAGUUUGACGAGCGACCGGACCUGCUAUUGGCUCGCACCGUCACCUUCACUGAUUCUGGCACCGCCCCCAACAGGUCUAUACAGAGAAUCGAGGAGGAGUUCGGGCAACCGGAGGGCACGGAGCCGCACAAGGCCGUGCAGCGCCGCGUGUUGCAAGUGGCAGAGGGCAGAAUCCUCCUCGUGUAUCACUACGGCCACCACCGCCUCCUGCAGCCGACCAGGUCCUUCGUCAAACCGCCUUCGUCAGACGGUCGGGCGGCCACGCUCUCGACGGAAAUGACGCAUGGGUUCCAGCCUGAUCCAACAGUCGAAGAGCCACCGAUGCCGCAGCUGUGGGCGGUCCUGCGGGCGGAGAUGGAGGCGGAGGCCGUGUCACAGGAGGAGGUGCGAAGGGGCGUGGAGGAGACGGCGCAGGUGCGGGAGGCGAGAGCUCGGGAGGAAGAAGACCCGGCUCUUGUGACGCACAUCUUCGACAUCCACCGGAAUGAGACCGUCCAGUUUAUCCUGCGGCAGAGGCAGUACGACGAAGCCCACCGCGAGGAAACGCUGAGGAAGAAACGUGAAGAGAGAGAAGGAAAAGUCGAUAUCAUCGCUCCGUAUAUUCCCCUAUUAACGUCGGACGCGGAGACAGGCGGACCCGAGACGGUGCGGGAGAGGUGUCUUCAGGACCUCAGGGAGAGACUCGCCCUCCGAGCCAACCUCCUGCAGGAUCGGCUAGACCAGGCCCGCGCCGCCGUGCUCGAGUGCCGCGACGAGGCCGGGCGCCGCAAGCGGCUGAACGCCGACGAGCGGGCCGCACUCACGAGCCGCACCGCCGCCGCCGAGGCCUCCCACCGACGCCUCCGGGCCCAGCUGGCCGCCUGGAAACACGAAGCCUCUGAGAGAUACGACAGCCUCGCCGGCCAGCUCGAGGUCGACCCGAGAUUCGCCUUGGACCUCGGCAGCCAAGGGGGUUCGUCGGCCGAUGAGGAGGACGAGGCGGCGUCGGGGUAA